AUGUACAAGGCGCCUCUCAGUGCAGAGUCGCUCAUGGAGCAGGAGGUGCGACAGCUCUUCGAACGCCACACCAUCGCCGAAAUCAAAGUGCGCGAAGACCUCACCAGAGAUGAGAUUGAAAAGAAGAAGCACGAACUGCGCCGCCUCGUAGGGACGCGGUAUCGGGACCUCAUCGACUCAGCCGACUCGGUGAUCGCCAUGAAGACCGCCGCAGAGGGCCUGGCCGGCUGCUUCGAGCGUCUCGACCACCACACCGCCCGGAAUGGCGCGGCGACGGACAGCGCCAGCGGCGGGGAGGAGGAGCGCAACCGGGCGGCGCAUAGAGAGCGCUACCACGUGGCCCUUCAAGUGAAGCUUCUCGUCGACGCUCCCGAACAGAUUUGGUCGAGCGUGGAGGCCAACGACUACCUGAAGGCCACCCUCCUCUACACGCGGGCCGAGCAGGCCCACUCGCGACUCGUCCACAACCCCGCCUUUGCCCAGCUCCUCAAAUCGAUUCCGCUGAUGCCGCGGCAAUGGUCCCUCAUCAGCCAGUUCCCGAGCGAGAUCCGACAGAACGCACGCGCACAGCUCCAAAAGAGCGGCGUCUCUCCACAGCACUACGCGGGCUCGCUGUGCGCGCUGGUCCUGCUGGACCACCUGUCGGUGACGCAGGCCCUCAACGUGUUCCUCGAGGCCCAGAAGACGCUCGUCCUCUCCCUCUUCGACACCUCCUCCUCCAACGCCUCCAACGCCCUCCCUCUCGAGGAUUUGGUGGAGCGGAUGUGCCGGCUGGUGCGGUUGGUACAGAACGCGCUGUUCCUGCUGGGCAUCGUGUUUUCGUCCCACUUCGCCGCCACCGCGUUCGGCCUCCCGGCCUCGCUCCUCACCCAGUGCCUCCGCGCGCCCGACACCACGAGCCUCACCGCCGCCUCUUCCUCCUCCGCAUCAUCACAACAAACAAUUGCGGAGGCAGAUCUGGAGCGGGGCUGCAAGAUGUGGCUCGAUUCGAUCGCCGAGAGCCUGCGAUGGGGCCUGCGCCACGCCCUCCUCCAAAUCAAACUCGCCAAGGAUCUGGACCACAUUCGCCAGCGGGUGCUCCAGGCGAUGGACAACCCGGAGUUCCCCGCAGUUCCGGGCGACGUGACCAAGUUCCCCUCGGCCGAGGAAAUUUGGAAGCACGUGUGUGGGCUGGUGAUCAAGCGCGGGCUGGACGUGUGGGACUUUGUGUUCAACGAGGCCUUUACCGAGGCCUCGCGCAACGUCAUCCAGCUCUGGUUCCGCUCCGUUAACCUCGGCCUCGUCUCCUCCUCCGAUGCCCUCAACCUCCUCCGCUCCGACGAAGAUCUGUCGAUGGGGCACUACGUGUGGCGAGUGGAGGCGGGGCGCAUGGGGGCGGCGACGCCGUUGAGCCGGCGCGGGGAGGCCUUCGACACGCUCAGGCAGAAGGCGGCGACGCUCACCCCGCGGCUCUCCGAGCUCGUGGGCCACCUCGACCACCAGCUCGAGGCCUGCAUGCUCGACCUCGCCCACCUCCUCCACCACCUCACCACCGCCACCUCCACCACUACCGAUUGGCACGGGUCGGGGUCGGGGUCGGGGUCGGGGUCGGGGUCGGGGUCGGGGUCGGGAACGUACAGCACGCGCAGGCGGAGGAUCGCGGAUGCGGGGUCGGGCUCGACGACGACGGCGGCGGCAGCGGGGUAUAUGGGGAGCGAGGAGGAGGCGGAGCGGGAGGCGCGGCGGCGCGAGCGGGAGGAGAAGGAGCGCGGGCGCGAGCUCAAGCUGCGCGAGUUCCUCCAGGACAGCUGCCACCAGGCCCUCUCGGCCCUCCUCGCCCAGCUCGACGACAAACUCACCGCCCUCGCCCAGAGUGAGGCCGGAGGGAAGGAGCAGCAGCAGAUAAGUGUGGAGGAGCGCACGGAGCAGGCGCUCUUUAUCGGCCGCGCGUGCCGCGCCAUCGUGCAGCACUCGGUCCAGCUCAAACGUAUCUUUGCGCUGCCCAAGACCACACAACCCGGGGUGGACGCGGGAGCGCUCAAGGGCAAGGGCUACUCGUACACGGCCGCCAAGGCAUUCAACCGGCGAUUGGCUCUCAAGCACAGCCAAGACGAAGAGGCGGACAAUGUUCUGCACCCGAAGCUGCAGGAGCUCCAGUCGACCUUCCGGCGACUCUCCCUGCGUGCUCACGUCCGUUGGGUCCACAUUCUCGCUCACACCCUCCUGGCUCGACUGGGAGAGGCGCUGCAGGCCGACGACUGGUCCGAGCGGGAGAAGCGACGAAUGCAGUGGCAGCCCAUCACCGUCGCCGUCGAAUCUCUCGACGAAGGCGGGAAGGGCCAGGCGGCGAAGGGCGGCAGCGCGAAGACGGUGGUGGAGGAGACGUUCUACCUGCCCUACCAGGCGUCGCCCUACGUCCUGUCGUUCCUCUUCUCGGCCUGCCGCGAGAUCCACCGCACCUUCGCCCACGCGCCCGACCACGCCGUCCUCCACUACCUCGCCUCCCAACUCCUCCUCGGGGUGUGCGGGCACUACUGGCGGUUGGCGAAUGCGGCGGAGGUGCGGGAGCGGGUGAGCAAGGAGGGGGCCAUCCAGCUCAUGUUCGACGCCAAGUUCCUCUGCGACGCGCUGGCCGCCGGGGCCUCGCCGCCGCACGCGGCCGACCCGGACCUGGCCAAGGCCGUACUCGCCGAGUCCGCGACCUCCAACUCGGCGACUGGCGACCUGGCGGAGCCUUCGGCCAUCAAGGACCGGAUCAAGGCCAUACACAAUCAACUCCAGACUUUGUUGGAUCCGAUCGACCGGGCGUUCUAUGGGCCGCACGUGAAUCGGAUGGAGCAGCAGUGUUACGCGCGAUCGGCUGCCCUGCUCGGACCCCUCGUGUCCCUCCACCCGCUCUACACCGAUGUGAAGGUGCAGGGCGCUCACGGGGAUCAGUACAACACGCUGCCGAUGGUGGCAUCGGCGCCCCGCUUCCGCUACCUGCCCAUCACCGAGCCCGUCGUCAAGGGCAAGGAAAAGGGGCCGGUGGCGAGCAGCUUCGGCCUAGAUCUGCCGUCGGGCUAUCAGCAGCAGCACCAGCAGCAGCUGCCGCAGUUCGCGGGCGACAGGUUCGGCGCCCGGCUCCCGAGCUCGCCGCUGCUCUCGGCCUCGACACCGGCGACUGGCGGCGCCGACGGGUCGAUGGGCGUCGUCGGCGGGUCGUUCAUGGAGCAGGUGCGCAAGUUUGGCUUCGGCGGCUUCCUGGGCGCGGAGGACGGUAGUGCUCUGGGCUCGGCCACGCUCAAGUCUUUCCUCUCUUGA